CUGGGACGGCACUUGAUGGAACGGUCAUUGCUACAGCGACUCGCCGUACCAGGCGUGUUGAAUCUCGUGGCAGUCUUGGCCUAUAGCUCGCAAUGGCUCUUCCACCGCAUCGAACCAGGACCACUGCCCGCGGGACAAGCAUGUGUGUUCAACGUGCUGGUGGCAUGCAUCUUCCUGUGCUACUGGCGAACCUGCUUCACCGAUCCAGGGAGGAUACCCCCAAAUUGGCAUGAUACUAUCCUGGAGGCUGGCUCUGAGGCGCAACAAGCUGCCUCAAAAGCUGCAGCACAGAGCAACCGAUGGUGCAGGCGAUGCGAGGCCUACAAGCCGCCGCGAGCACAUCAUUGUAAGACGUGCCAACGAUGUAUCAUGAAGAUGGACCACCACUGCGUCUGGACGGCCAACUGUGUUUCUCAUAUCACUAUUCCGCAUUUCAUUCGCUUCAUUACAUACGCUGUAGUCUCUAUGGCGUAUCUCGAAUACUUUCUUUAUCUUCGUGUAGCGCCUAUAUGGGAGAAGAGACACCUACCAAGCUACUUGGGACCAUCGGCUCGGCAGCUGAGCCACGUUUUUUUCCUGUGCGCUCUCAACUCGCUCCUCCUCUUCGCCCUUACGCUCCUGCUUGGACGCACAUUGUGGUCUCUCGCAGUGAAUACAUGGACCAUCGAAGGAUGGGAGAUUGAAAGACACGAUGCUGUCCUGAGACGUGCUCAUGUUCUAGGCGGCUUUCUUCAGGAUCCCGAUGGAAACAAGAUCCGCAUCGAGCAUCAAGAGUUUCCGUGGGACAUCGGCAUCUGGGCGAAUAUAUGCCAAGGCAUGGGAAGCAGGAAUCCCCUGACGUGGCUCUGGCCCUUCUCACGCAGUCCAUCAGUGGAGAGCGGCAUCUCAUAUGAACACAAUGAGAUUGACGAUCCCAGCAAGCCAUGGCCACCACCUGAUCCGGAUAGACUGUUUCGAGUAGAACGUAAGCCUCUGGUCGGGGACGGCUUCACUCGAUCAUGGGACAUUGAGGACUUCAAGAAAAGACAGGCUGCUGAUCUCGCCCGUUAUACUGAUGGCGAUGGCGAGUACGUUGUCCGAAGAAGACCCUUCCACGAACGACUCGAGGACAUGGUGACCGAUGAUGGCUAUGCAUACGGCAAUGGAACUUAUAACGACAAAGAGGACGCCGAUUUUGACGAUGAAGACGUUCGCGGUAGGCCUUCGACCAGAGCGGACGAGGGAGAAGAAGCCUGGCGCAACAAAGAAGGCGAGCGCCUGGCAGAUUUUGGAGUUGAUGAAAGCGUAGACUUCUACGACGAAGACGAUGUGCCUCUAGCAGAGCUUAUCAGAAGGCGACAACUAGCGAAGGAUACGUAGUUCUGCAUUCACUUCUGUAGGAUUAAGAGAAAAAUUCAUACAAAAAGUCACCUAC